AUGAUUAACGAUCAGACUUCCUCAGGCGAAGAGACCGUCUCGACGUUCAAAUUGUCACUGCUUGGGCGGAUUCUGUUUGGGAAAGAUGGUCGUCAGACUUACUGCUUCAAACCCUUGGUCGAUCCUGCGAAUCAAUAUUAUUUUGCCGACCUGUUCAAAACCUCAGACUUCGAGAUCGUCAACGACUACGUAAGAGACAACAAUGGGGAGACUCAGGGGUUUCCUAGCGGUCUGACGACGAUGCUUCAUGAUCGAUACAGCCACAAAGAAGUGGUACAUGUGGAAACCAUCAGCAGUGCCUUCGCUGAUAGGGAACAGCAAGACGACAUGCCAGGGUGGGUAUACACACGCAUUAAGUCUAACCGUGAAAAGAACCUUUGGAGAUUGCACAACGAACGACGCCGCUGCGGGAAUAGAUACGAAAAAUUCGAUCAGUACCCCUAUCACAUUUCUACGUGCGAUGCGAAGGAUUGGUUGCGCAAUGGCUCGCUUCCCCACGAGAGGUUCGAUUGGGUAUCUCAUGAUGCUUCUUGCGCGUCACCGGCGGCAACGCGUAUAUCAGCAAGGGCUGAUGAUACGGAUAUCGCCACAUCUGGACUAUGUUCUAUUCGCUCGUACUUCAGCCGCGGCCGCAUUAAGCUUGGAAGCAAGCAAUUACCUGUUUCUGACGAUUUUCACGUCGACCACGCAGUCCGCUAA